AUGACAGAAUUACAGACGCAACCGGCGGCUCUGUCGAUCACGGCAAGCACGCGAGCCGACCAGCAGACCCCCCAGCCGAUCGCCGUCCCACAACAACCAGCUGCCGCAGGGCCCAGAACUCGCCUGGCCUUGGACGCAUUUUCGCCUGUCAACCAAAACGGCAGCUUCGAGUUUGACCGUGUCAUCAAGAGCGGUUACGUGCAGAAGCGCACACAGAAGACAAAGACAUGGAGGUCCAUCUACCUAGUACUACGGCCCAACACGCUAUCUAUCUACAAGUCGGACAAGGAGGAAAAGCUGCGGCGCAAAAUCGACCUGUCGGAAUUGACCGCUGUGACACUGCUGAAGGACCCGAAGAACAAACGGCCGAACGUAUUUGGCCUAUUUUCGCCAUCGAAAAACUAUCACUUCCAGGCACCAACGCUGAAGGAUGCGCAGGAGUGGGUCGAGCUGAUCCGGCAGGACGCGAGGAUAGAGGAGGAGGAAGAGGAGAUGUUCCUGGCAAGCCCAGUGGUCCGGCAACCCACCUUCCUGCAAAGCGGCGUGGACGCCGCCGAAAUGAACCGCGUCGUGGGCUCGCCGGAGGGCUUUCUAUCAAGCUCCCCCGAACCACCUGAAGCGCCGACGCGCGGCCUUGGCAAAUCUUACGCUCGGCGGUCGUCACAGAUCGAUUCGUCCGGGCUUUCGGGUGCCGAGCUGGCAAGCCACUCGGACUUUUCCGACUCGGACGCGCACCGGAUGCCCGGCGCGUCCUUCGAGACUCUGGCGGCUCGGCAACCGUCGACGUCGCCGGGACCGUCCAGGCCCUCAUUAGGAGCCGCCAACGUCAACCGGGCCAGUGUGAGCCACCAGGAACCCGACCCGGAUCGCGUUAUCUGGCAGGGUUGGAUGUGGUUUCACCGCAGCAAGGGGGGAGUACGGCAGUGGAAGAAAUCUUGGGGCGUGCUGCGGCCAAGGAAUUUCAUUCUCUACAAGGACGAGGCCGAGUCGUCUGUGCUGUUCAUCCUCUACAUGUCGUCGAUCGUCAACGUGGUCGAGACAGAUCCGAUGAGCCGAACCAAGAGACACUGCCUGCAAAUCAUUACGGACGAGAAGAGCUACCGGUUCUGCACGCAUGACGAGGAAGCCCUAGUGCAAUGCCUGGGCGCCUUCAAGAGCCUACUUGCGAAGCGUCGGGAAUUAGAAGCCAGGGUGGGCACUACGAACGCGACUACGGCGGCGCCGGCGACCAACACGGCCGACGCCCUGCCCUCGGUGUCAUGA